AUGUCAGGCCAACUCCCAAAGGAGAUGAAGGCUCUCAGAUACACCAAGCCUGAAGAGUAUGGUGUUGUUACCGUUCCUCUGCCAAAACUCCGUGACAACGAUGUAUUGAUCAAGGUCAAGGCUUGCGGUGUCUGCGGAAGUCAUGAGACUGUAGGUGUUGUUGCGGCCGUUGGAAAGGACGUCAAGGGCUUCAAGGUUGGCGAGCGUGUAGUUGCAGACAACUCAGAGCUCUGCAACGAAUGCUUCUACUGCCGACGUGGACAAUUGCUUCUCUGCGAGAACUUCGAGGCUCAUGGUGUAACCAUGGAUGGUGGUUUCGCUGAGUACUGUGCCUACCCAGCUGGAAAGGUCUUCAAGAUCCACAACCUCUCUGAUGUCGAUGCCACACUCCUCGAGCCAGCAUCUUGCGCUGCUCACGGACUCGAGAAGAUUGCACCAAAGCUCGGUUCAUCCGUUCUCAUGUUCGGUGCUGGCCCAACUGGUUUGGUUUUGGCACAAAUGUUGAGACAGAACGGUGGUUGCCACGUUGUGCUUGCGGCUCCAGAGGGUCUCAAGAUGGAGUUGGCUAAGAAGCUUGAUGCUGGUGAUGUCUACGUUGAGCUCUCAAGAAAGGACCCAGAGGCCCAAUUCCAGAAGCUUAAGGAGGAGAACCCAUACGGUUUCGAUAUUGUCGUCGAGGCCACUGGAUCCCCAAAGAUUCUCGAGGAUGCCAUCAACUACGUCCGUCGCGGUGGUAAGCUCGUCGUCUAUGGUGUCUACAGCGCAUCUGCCCGUGUCACCUGGCCACCAAGCAAGAUCUUUGGUGACGAGAUCACCAUUCUCGGAUCCUUCUCCGAGACCUACAUGUUCCCUGCCGCUAUCGACUACCUCGACUCCGGAAAGGUUAAGGUUGCAGGAAUCGUCAACAAGACCUACAAGUUGGAACAAUGGGGCGAGUGCUUGGAGGCUAUGAAGAACAAGAGUGCUAUUAAGGCUGCUAUUGUUUUCGAGGAUUAG